UCACAGAGGAGACUGGGUGCCUCAUUUCUGAAGUGAGACUAAGAAGAGAAGAUGAACAAUUCCCUGGAUUAUCUAGCCUACCCUGUAAUCGUUUCUAAUCAUAGGCAGAGCACAAACUUCAGAAAGAAACUGGACUUCGGCCACUAUAUAUUUCACAAAAAUAGAAUCCAAAUAGUGAAACCAACUGUUGAUACCAAACCUCCAGCGGCGCACACCCAUCACAUUUUAAAACUGAGCAAAUUACAGGGUGAACAAAAAAGAAUUGACAAAAUAGAAUAUGAAAAUAAGCAACUGUGUCAGAAAAUCGCAAAUGCCCAUCGUGGCCCUGCUAAGGUGGAUUGCUGGAAUGAAUAUUUUUCAAAAAGUUUAAACAGAGAAACGAGGAACCGGGAAUUAGUGAGAAUUACCAUGGAAAACCAGGGUAUUCUGAAGAGGCUUGGUGACCGCAAACCCCACUACGACCGCAAGUUGUCUGAGCUAGACUGGCAGAAUUCAAGACGUUAUAUCAGAAAUACAACAAGAUAUCGUCUCUCCCGAGAUGAAUAGGUUACCCACCAUGGAAAAAAAGAAAGGAGAAAUUCCUAGGAUUUCUUAGCUGCUUAGAAUUUCAAGACAUUCCUAAGUAGCAGAAUGCUCAGUACACUUCUAAGUAGCUGUAUGCUCAGUCUUAGGACGCUGCAAUAAAACUUGGAACACAAA